CGAUGAAAAUGAAUCAUAUGAAAGUAUUGAAGAUUAUAAUGACAAUAGUAUUUCACAAACCUUUAUCCCUGUUCCACCUCCUACAUGUUGUAAAGACAGUGCAAUUGAUAAGGCCCUGAGUAAUCUGCAAAAUAAUAACAAUCAGCCCCCAAUAAUUGAAUGGCUCAAGAUUAAUCAUGCACCAAUUGAUGAGUUUAAUACUCCAGGAUACAUGGCACGUGCAUUUCCCACACUUUAUCCCUAUGGUAUUGCUGACUUAUAUGCACCUCGAAUAAAAAAA